UCUGCAUCAAUGGGGAUGCUCGUACACACAUCCUAAUGGAAUGGAAUGUUAAAAAUAGAGUUUCUCUUCGAGGGGUUAUGGUGUCAACUGACCCCCUGAACAAGUGAAUCAGGAAUGCUGAAGGUUUAUGAUCGUAUCAUCCUCUCGAAAUCUGUGUAUGAUCGGCCCCUGAAUUUGAGUGAAGAUGACUAUCAUGAGUUAGCAUGGUUCCAAAGAGAAAAAGAAGAUGAUAUGGUUCCUGUGAGUGAUUCUGGUGGCAAUAAUAGUGACGAAGAGGAUGUGGUUUCUGUUAGUGGUGGCGUAGAGGAGACGGAGGAUGAAGCAGAUGAAGUUUUUACAGGUGCUGCUGCUCCUGUUGUUUUCCUAUAUCCCGCCCCUCAAGUUGUUUCUGUUACUGAUGUGGGUGCUGCUGAGUAUGAGGACGAGGAGACAACAACGAGGAUGAGAGGCAGAAGAUGA